ACACGUUAUCUGCCAGAGGAGAUGUUUGGUCUGAGCGCCGAGCCGCUGGCUGCUGCUGCUCUUUCACUUUUGUGGAAAAGUUCCAAUUGAAUGAAAAACUAAUUUAAUCUUAAUUAAAUCAGCGGAAACCCCAAAUAUGUCUGGAAACAUCACGCACGGUGCCUGCGAGACCAUCAACCUGAACUUUACGCACGCCUUCCUGCCGCCCGUGUUCGUCACUGUGUUCGUUGUCGGGACUCUGUCCAACAUCUGGGGGCUGAAAAGCGUGUGCAGCAGCUGGAACAACAUCGGAAACAUCAACAUCUUCAUGUUCAACCUGGGAGUGGCGGAUUUGUUGUACCUGUUCACCCUGCCGUUCCUCGUGGUCUAUUACGCGCGCAACAGCCACUGGCAGUUCGGCCAGCCUUUCUGCAAGGUGACCCGCUUCUGCUUCAACCUCAACCUCUACGGCAGCAUCGGCUUCCUCACCUGCAUCAGCAUCUACAGGUACCUGGGCAUCGUGCACCCCAUGAAGGUGAUGGGGAAAAUCACCAGCCGCCACUCGCUGGCCAUAAGCGUCCUGGUCUGGAUUCUCGUCAUCAUCCAGAUCCUCCCUGAUAUGUUCUUUGACAAGAAUGCCUCAACAUCACCCAACUCGUGUUACGACACCACCUCUAACGACCGGAUCAGCGCCUACUUGCCUUACAGCAUCGCCUGGACCGUCACAGGGUUUGCCAUCCCACUGGUGAUCAUUCUGGUGUGUUAUGGACACGUUGUUGUGGUUCUGGCCAGAAAAGCUAACGUCAACCCUGUGCUGAAGCAGCGCUGUCUGAAACUGGUCGUGAUUCUGGUGAUACUAUUCUCCAUCUGUUUCAUCCCCUACCACGUGUUUCGGAAUCUGAACCUGAGUACCAGGAUUUUGAAACAAAAAGCUAUUUGCCACGCCAGCUUCCGCGACAUCUACAUUGCGCAUCAGGUGGGCAGAUGCCUGGCUUGUCUGAACAGCGCUAUAAACCCGCUCAUUUACAUAGUGGGCAACGAUGAUUUCCUCAUGAAGCUUCAUGGCCUCAGUAAGCGGGCCCGGCUGUCUCUGGCCGGCCUCACAGGCGCAGUCAUUUACCGCAGACCGAAGGAGAGAGACGCGGAUUCAUCGUCGGAGACUGCGGUUAACUCCUAACAGUCGGUUCACCCGAGAGACACUUCCGUGCACUCGAGUCCCUGCAUAUCAAGCACCGCCAGAACUUCCGCUUUUCCGGGAACAAAUUAGAGUAAUGACUGAUAACCUGCGGCAUCUCUUGUGGCAGCGCAUCAGUCAUCAGGUCAGCAAGGUGUCAGGGCGUCAUUACCAGAUACUUAUUAUCUGCAGCUGAAGCUCAUGAUCUCAUCUCAUGUACUGCACUGAUUUAUUAAGUAUUCAGUAUUGUGCUGUUAAUAUUUUGCACUUUCUGUAUAUUACUGCAGUGGUUCCCAACCUUUUUCACUUUUUUGGAAAAGGGGGUGGCAUAUAUAUGCAUAUGUCAAUGUUUUGGAGACCCCCUAAAAUAUCACAAAGCAAUUUUAUAGUUCGCACCCUGGGACCCCUUUUUAAGUUUUCUAGCACCCUUUAAAAUCAAGAAGGCUUUGCAACCCUCCCGUGAAGCUUCCCCCAGGUUGGGAACCACUGUAUUACUGUGUGUGCUUGUAAGUGGAUGUCCUGUGAUGUGAUGGCCUUCCUACUGUACAGUGCAGGAAAAGUCCAGUCCAUGUAUUGUGCUUACACAUUGUCAGGGACUUGUUUAUAGCUGAUUGAUUGUACUACCUUUGCACUGUUACAAGUGAAGCAUUUGGCAGUAGUUUGUAUUUUCCAGGCUUUAUGUAAGUGAGACUUAAUCAAGAGGGUUUGGAAUAAAAGGCACUUAUUUCAUGUCAGUGUUGUUGCUCCACAGUAUUUAUAGUGCAGGAUUAUUUAGAUAAAGUGGACACAGCAGCUGUGUAGGUGCUGAGACCUGCAGUCUGAAGAAGUGAUGGGAGAAAUAUUCAGUGAAACUCUUCAUUACCAGUCCUGUAUUUAAAGGUUUAUUUAAAUAUAAAUACAGAAGUAUUAUCAGAUGUAUCAAGUAUCACAAAUUAAAGUACUCAUUAUGCAGAA